GACAGGGAGAGUCAGAAGUUACAAUGGCUGACUCACUGUGUGGAGGAGGUCAAUGAAGGGACCCAGUGGGUCAUACCAGCUCUUAAACAAAUGAGAGAAAUAUGUCUCCUUUAUCUAGAGUCUCCUGUGAAUUACUCUUCAGUCCAUCACCCGACCUCACGGUUUUAUUAUCGUAAUGAGAUCAUUAGUCACUUGGACCAGAACUAUCACCUCCUCUCACAGAUCUGCUCCAACCUCAGCCAAUACAUGAUGAAGAUAAAGGAAAUUAAAGAAAAGUCACCUGAUAUUGAUCCUGAUUCAUACUGUAUUGAUGAUCGGUUCAAUCAUUAUCAGCAGUAUCAGAUCAGACUGGACUUCAUCAGGUUUGCAUUAAAAGAUGGUCAGUUGUGGCUAGGGCUCAGUCAAGCACUAAUG